GUUGAGUUUUCAGCAAGAACACGCCGCGGGCGACAGUAGUGACGUGGCCUUCGAACUUUUCCGAGAUCGAGAAUGAGUUUUUCGAAUUUCGACAUCGGUCUCGUGCUCAUCGGUAGUGAUCUUCUACAGGUUCGGCAUAUUAUCGUACUCUCGUUCUCGGUUUGGCUUUGUGUCCGUGGUCACUGGUGUACUUUGUCUUGAUUACGAUAAAAACAAGAGAGAAGUUCUUGAAGUAGUCGGACUACCUCUCCCAGGGCCCAUACAGUAAUGAUGAAAUAAGACCUCGCCUUCCUAAGUCCUACAGCACGAUAUUUCCGACCGUGUAUUAACUAAGUACCACCUCCUGUACGUAGUCUACUACUUCAUCUUGUUCUUGCGCUUGAUCGUAGCUUCAACUGUUUUUUUGAAUGCCUGGGCGUUUCUUGAUGAUAUCUAACCCAUGCAAAUCUUGGGCAGACUGCCGAGUAGAUUCACAUCGUCGCCGUCUAAUCCGUGCAAGGCAAAAAAGAAGACGUCGUCCUCACAAGUUUUAGGCAUUCUCGCGGUUUUUUCUACUGUUUCGUAGAAAGUCAAACGAGAAAAAGAAUCUCCAAACAAUGGCACUUCCUCUCGUCCCCAUAGCGGCGGGCAUGUGCGCACCCGGCUGCGCAACCGCAGCGGCGGCUGCAGCAACUGCCGUUGGUGGUGGAGCGCUACUCACGACUGCAGCACCGGUACUUGCUGUUGGAGCUGGUGCUGCUGCGAUGUACAACUACAUGAAAGGCGAUGGAAAGGGAGGUACUGAGGCGGAAAAUGAUGAUGGCGAUGCUGAAUUUUUCGACCCGAUAGGAGGAGACGAUGAAUCUGUGGAGGCUGAAGGUGAAACGCAAAAUUCUGGUACUGCCACUGGAGAUAAGCAAGGGCAACCAAUGGCCGGUGUAGGAAAGAAGGGCGUGGGAAUUAAGAUUCAUGGUUUGCAUGCCUCCAGGAAUCAGGAGGGCAAGGAUGCGCAAGUAGAGGAUGCAAACGCAACUGCAGAAGGAAAGAAGAUUGCCGCAGCUUUUUUUUGAGAAGGACAAAGAUGUUGACAAUCUUGAGCUUGCAUUUCAAUGAAUCAUCAAAAAGAUGCUGAGCAGAAGCACCAUUGUUGCGAAGCACAGGGGAAAUAGAAUUUACAAUCUUGAGCUUGCAUCUCAAUGAAGAAAUACAAUUGGCAAUGCAACAAGACCAAGAGCAGC